UCAUCUAUUUCCACUAGAUGUUUGAUGCCCGAGCCCAUCCCGGGAGCGGACCGGUUCGGCUCACAGCUGCCCCCGAGCGCCCGGCGCCAUCCAAAUUGCUCUCCGCCGCGGCGGACCAGCAGACGUCCCCUUCCCCCCGCAGCCCCGCGCCGUCCCCCGGCCGUUUCAAAGCGCUCUCAGCAAUAGCGGAACCCGAGCGGCUCGGAGAUCGGCGGUCGCGGUACGGGCGUGAAGCGGCCCCGGCACCGCAGCAUCCCAGGACCCGCCGGGCUCGGCACCGCGCUGCGCAUGCAGCACCGCGCACACAGCCCCGCGGCGCACGCGCACUGCCGCUCGGAGGACUGAGCGUGACGGAGAUCGGCGGAUGCGCCGCGCAGAGCGACGGCGACGUCCGCGCAGCGCUUCGGCGCGCGUCCCGCUGCCUGCGGCACCGAACGUACGCGGCCGCCAUUCCGCCGAUCGGCCACGCGGGGGCGCCAGAGACCGCGGAAACGACGACUCCGAGCGGAUCGACGUUGACCCGCACCGCCUCGUCCCGUGAUGUUUUCCAAAGCAUGAAUCUUGUCCACACACAGUGCUUCUGUAAAUGUUGGUAUGGGAUGGCAUCGUUGCAGGAUGUGCCCCGUGCCCACCAGAGGGAGUAUGAGAAACACGUGGAGAGCAUUGACAGUUCAAAGAUAACUGCCCAGGAAUGAGAGAAGCCUUCAGAUGCUGCUAUGAAUUACAGGUUCUACAGGGGCAUGAGAACAUACGUAGAGAACUUAGUAAACUGUUUCAAUGAAAAAGUACGUGUGUUUUCCUUCCCUUCGCUGCCACCCAUUUCUUUAAGAUGAUGAACCUGCAUUCUCUCAAGGCAAAAAUGAGAUUUCUUAUUUGGAAUUGAUGAUGAGAGAUGACCAGUUAUGAAUCAAUUCUAUCAGAAACUUGAGUGUCACAGGAAACAAAGGAGGAAUAGACCACCCCUCACAGUAACCUAAAAUGAUUAAGGUAGGAUAUGUGCGCUGGCUUGAGCUGUGGGCUCACCUGGGUUGUGAUGGAGAAAAACAGAAUGUUAUUGGAAGAAGUUUUCUUCAGGUGUAGUAACCAGGGUGUCCUAAAGCUGAAUGGGAGGUGGGACUUGCAUUCAGUUUUGGGAUCUCAAAAUGUAUUUGCUUUGCAACAUGUGACUAGUAAUAAGGAUCUUACAGUAGGUUUGAGUUGGUAUUUAGCUGGGUUGCGUGAGGACUUGUCUAUGUUAUCUGCUGUGUUGCUUUCCUUAACUGCAAACCUUAACUAUUAAAAAUAGAAAAUAAAAAUAAAAGAUGGAAGGUUGGAAGAUGCUGCACAGAGUUUGGCCUCGAUGAAGGUCUACUGACUACUGUCAGUUGUGCUGCAGCCUGACGUGUUUUUUUAUGUAACUGUACAUAACUGUACGAGGUUUCGUUGAGAUGUUUCCUGUGAUGGCGAGGUGUUCAAAGGCAGAUUGAAGCAAACUAAUUCUACCAAUAGUGUCCCGCUGAACGCUUUUUGGUAGGGUCUUAGGUAGUCCUGUAAUAGGCAAUUGGCAUUCAGUUAGUGGCUUUCAGUCUUAAACAGCCUGAAAAAACUCUAGUGAGCAGGCUCUGUUGUCAGUGGGCAUACUGUACUAGAUGUCCUAGUUGAAACCCUUACCGAAGUAGGACGCGUAGUAUCACUUCUCCGUGGUAGAAUGGUGAAUAUAGCAUGACCAA